CAACUUCCUUAAUGCUGUGAAUACAAAAGGCUAGGAGUUACAGUGCAACUUGAAGUCACAGCUCAGCUACUCACCUGGCUACGCUAAACAGGCUGGAUUAUAAUGAAGCCUCAAAUAAGUCUGAAAUGCAUUAUGAUGACCACUGAGAGCCAUGUCCUUGCUUUCUUGGUUUUCUUUCUACUGCUAAUCAACUUGGGAUCAUUAGAAGCUUUACAUGACUUGGACUGUUGCUAUUCGUACUCUGUGCACUUACCACGUUUAAAGCAUAUUAAGAACUACACAGAGCAGAAACAAAAUGAAGUCUGCAGUAUGGAUGCAGUUAUCUUUCAUUUGAAGAAGUACAGUGUAUGUGCAGAUCCAAAGAACAAGGAAGUCCAACGCAUGAUUUCUUUGCUAAGAAAAAGGCAAAGUAAAAAGAAGAAGCCUCAAAAUCAGAAGAGGAAGAAGAAGAAGAAUUCACGAUCCAAAUUCAGAAAUCAAAAGCGCAAAAUGUAGUAACAAUGGAACCACAAUACAGAAUAUUGUAUGCAUUUGUGUACUGUCAUGCUAUAACCUUCUUCAUUGAAGAACUAUAUCUGAUUCAUAUUGCAUCAUUGUUAAAAUAUUUUAUCUGUUUUUGAAUCUGUGGGAAGCAGGGCUAUUUUUAUAUUUUUGCAUUAUUUUUAUA